GCCAGAGCCAUGAAGCUCAGCCCAAGAGGCUGGCAGAAAAGAAGGUGAUGGAUUUAAUGCACGACAAGAGAAGACUAGUGGAGGUGCCCUACACUGCCACGCUGGCCGAUGCUAUGAAUACCCUUUUGACUAACCGGGUGGCCGCAGUGCCCGUGGCUGCGCCGCCGGGGCAGUGGAUUGGCGCAGGCGGUUCCAUGAUUCUGGAGUAUGACAAGCGCUCUGGCGCCGCCAGGAAGCAUUAUAUAGGGAUGGUCACCAUGCUUGAUAUCUUGGCUCACAUCGCCGGCGAGGGCGACGAUGAUGUCGAUCAUCUUGACCAGAAACUGGCAACUCCGGUGUCAUCUAUAAUCGGUCAUUGCCUCGAAAGUCUCAGCUUAUGGACACUCAAUCCCAGUAUGAGCCUUGUGGACUGUAUGGAAGUGUUUAGCAAAGGCAUCCACCGUGCAAUGGUACCAAUAGAGGGCCAAGCGGAGACCAUAGCCGGCGUAGAGCUAGUGGAGUCCGCAUCAAGCUACCGAAUGCUGACACAAAUGGAUGUGUUGAAGUUUGUAAUGAGAGAACACGACAACCAAAACGAGGAGGUCAAAGGUAUAAUGUCUCAUCCCAUCAAAGACAGCAAGCAGUUUCAAGCCGUGACCGAUACUGUUUUCGGUGUCACCGAUCAAGCCACAGUCAUCGACGCCAUUAAAUGCAUGAGGGCUGCUUCACUUAAUGCUGUUCCCAUCGUCCAAUCUUCCAACACCAUCCAAGAAGAUCACAGACAGCUUGUUAACGGCAAAAAGAGAAAGGUGAUCGCCACGUUUUCUGCGACGGACCUAAGAGGAUGCCCGAUAUCACUUUUGGAAACAUGUCUGAACUGGAAGGUGAUUGAUUUGCUGCUGAAGCUGUCGGAAUCCCCUUCACCUGAAACCGCGGGGGUGAGGUCGUCGUUGAAGGAGAUUGUAGCUUGCAAUACAGAAUUCACGGUGGGGGAAGCAGUGGAGAAGGCGGUGCGCAACGGGGUGCACCGUGUGUGGGUGGUUGACGGCGGAGGUUUGCUUCAAGGGGUUUUCUCCCUCACUGAUAUGAUAAGAGUCAUCCGCCUCUGGAUGCUUUCUCAGCCCCUCAGGAGUUAGAACGUAUGUUUCGGUACGGUGUCCACUGUAAUUUUGAGUUGAGUUUCUAUAAUGUCACUCUUAGACGUACAACAUGUGUGUUUAGUACUGUAGUUCAUGUUCAGUCCUUACAAGGAACACCAGUCCACUGUAAUUCUGA